AUGCAACGCGCUCAGUAUCUGUUGAAUGCUGCAGCAUUCCUGCGGUCGCAGGACGUGACGCUUUCCAACGACUAUGUGCUUAAGAUGUAUGAUAUUUUGGACGAAGAAAACCAGGAAAAGGCGCCGGAAAUGAUGAAAAUUGCAUGUCGUUCUUGUGGUUCUCUGCUAGUUGCCGGUGCAAACUGCUCGACUCGGACGCGUAGCACUACACGAAAACACCGUACAGACCUCAAACCGUCGGAAAAAGCACGUAUGCAAGCGCAAUUGCUGGUCCAAUGCUUUACAUGCCAACGUACAACCGCUUCUCCCUUGGACGCUCCUCCUCGGCUUCGUCGGAGCAAGCUGGUUCCUCCUCCGAAAGCAGCGACACCCUUGCCAAUGCCUGGUGCCUCUGCUCGCAACGCAAAGAAUCGUCAACGUCACCGACUUCGAGCCGCAGGUCUUGCCGGCAUGUUGGCCAAAAAGGGUGGCAUCAAAGGCGUCACCAAGUCUUCCAAGCAGGCCAGUUCAUCUAGUGCCUCUCUCAGUCUUAGCGACUUUCUCUCGACUACGUAG